GGCCUCGAAUAAUCAUGGCCACCCUCAGAACCCCUGUGUCGCUGUGGCGGCUUCUGACAGGUUCUAGAGGAACCGAGCGGUUCUGUGUCCGAGCCCGAACCAAGCCCCAGCACGAUACUCUGCUGCAGCCGCUGCCUCAGCCUUCCGAGGUGAGGCUGCUGUGCCGCCGGCUCAGCUCAAAGGCCGCAGAAUCUGGUAGCUCAGAGAUCAAGAAACCUACAUUUAUGGAUGAGGAAGUCCAAAGCAUCCUCAUCAAGAUGACAGGCUUGAAUUUGCAGAAGAUUUUUAAGCCAGCUAUACAAGAGCUGAAGCCACCAACCUAUAAGCUAAUGACCCAGGCACAGUUGGAAGAGGCUACCAGAAAGGCAGUUGAGGCAGCCAAAGUGCGACUAAAAAUGCCACCAGUUCUGGAAGAACGAACACCGAUAAAUGACGUGUUAGCUGAAGAUAAGAUUUUGGAAGGAACAGAAACAGCCAAAUAUGUGUUUACUGAUAUAUCAUAUAACAUACCACAUCGGGAGCGUUUUAUUGUUGUCAGAGAACCAAGUGGCACACUUCGCAAAGCCUCUUGGGAGGAGCGGGACCGGAUGAUACAAGUUUACUUUCCAAAAGAAGGUCGUAGAAUUUUGCCACCAGUAAUUUUCAAGGAAGAAAACCUUAAGACAAUGUACAGCCAGGACCGGCAUGUUGAUGUCCUCAAUCUCUGUGUUGCCCAGUUUGAGCCAGAUUCGACUGAGUAUAUCAAGGUUCACCACCAGACCUAUGAAGAUAUAGAUAAACAUGGAAAGUAUGACCUUUUACGUUCAACAAGACACUUUGGGGGAAUGGCUUGGUAUUUUGUAAAUAAGAAGAAGAUUGACGGUUUGCUGAUUGACCAGAUACAGAGAGAUUUACUUGAUGAUGCCACCAGCUUGGUCCAGCUGUAUCACAUGCUUCAUCCUGAUGGCCAGUCUGCUCAAGAGGCCAAAGAGCAGGCUGCUGAGGGAGUCAAUUUAAUUAAGGUCUUUGCAAAAACUGAAGCCCAGAAGGGAGCAUAUAUAGAAUUAACACUGCAAACUUAUCAAGAAGCAUUCAUUAGCCAUUCUGCAGCUUCCUGAAAAUAUUUUAAAAAUACAUUUCAGUUUACUAAAACCUACCUUUCUCUUUGUUAUUAUUGAUCUGAAUGUUUAAAAGCAUCAAGAUUAAAAGGUACUGAUUUGUGGUUUGUUAUAUAUUUUUUGAUUUUUGUUUUUUGAAUUCCAUAUAGUACAAAAAUAAAGGAAAAUUUUUUACCUUA